UUGGUGUUAUCCGCUGUCCAAUUUGUGGUCAGGAAUGUGCAGAAAGACACAUCAUAGAUAACUUUUUUGUGAAGGAUACCACAGAGGUUCCCAGUAGCACAGUAGAGAAAUCAAAUCAGGUCUGCACAAGCUGUGAAGACAAUGCAGAAGCUAAUGGUUUUUGUGUGGAAUGUGUUGAAUGGUUGUGCAAGACCUGUAUCAGAGCUCACCAGAGGGUUAAAUUCACAAAGGAUCAUACUGUGAGACAAAAAGAGGAAGUAUCUCCAGAAGCAGUUGGUGUGACCAGUCAGCGACCUGUGUUUUGCCCUUACCACAAAAAGGAACAGUUGAAGUUGUAUUGUGAAACCUGCGACAAGUUGACCUGCCGAGACUGUCAGUUACUAGAACACAAAGAGCACAGGUACCAGUUUAUUGAAGAAGCUUUUCAGAACCAGAAAGUGAUCAUUGAGACAUUAAUCACCAAAUUGAUGGAGAAGACUAAGUACAUAAAAUAUACAGGGAAGCAGAUCCAGAACAGAAUUCUUGAAGUGAAUCAGAAUCAGAAGCAGGUGGAACAGGAUAUUAAAGUUGCCAUAUUUACACUGAUGGUAGAAAUAAAUAAAAAGGGGAAAGCUCUACUGCAUCAGUUGGAGACUCUGGCAAAAGAGCAUCGGAUGAAACUUCUGCAGCAACAACAGGAAGUGGCAGGUCUCUCUAAACAGCUGGAACAUGUCAUGAAUUUUUCCAAAUGGGCAGUUUCCAGUGGGAGCAGCACGGCGCUACUGUACAGCAAACGCUUGAUUACAUAUCGACUACGAUAUCUUCUCCGAGCAAGGUGUGAUGCGUCACCAGUGACUAACAAUACCAUCCAGUUUCACUGUGAUCCUAGCUUCUGGGCUCAAAAUAUUUUCAAUCUAGGUUCUCUGGUAAUUGAAGAUAAAGAAACCCCACCACAUAUGCCCAAGAGCCCUGUGAUGGAAACAAACUUACAGCCACCAGGCAGCUUACCUUCAAACCAGCUGUCCAAGUUCCCAACACAGAUAAGCUUAGCUCAGCUCCGACUCCAGCACAUGCAGCAACAGGUCAUGGCUCAGAGACAGCAAGCUCAACGCAGAGCAGGUCCAGUAGGUUUGCCGAAUCCAAGAAUGCCAGGAGCCAUGCAGCAACCUCCUGCUUCUCAUCAGGCACCUCCGCGCUUGAUUCAUUUUCAGAAUCAUAGCCCCAAGACCAAUGGUUCAGCUCUUCCUGCACAACAGAUGAGAUUUCCCCAAAAUCAGAACCUACCAAGGCAAGCGAUAAAGCCCAACCCGUUGCAAAUGGCAUUCUUGGCACAGCAAGCUAUAAAACAGUGGCAGAUCGGUAGUGGACAAACUUCAACUCCCGUUUCAACUGCAAGCAGCACAUCUACUCCAUCCAGCCCCACAGUCACUAGUGCUGUAGGUUGUGAUGGAAAGGCAUACGGUCCCCCUGUGAUAGAUUUGAGUUCUCCAGUGGGUAGCUCCUACAAUCUACCAUCUCUUCCUGAUGUAAGUGUAACAUAA